AUGUUAAAGAACCAUAACGUGCGGAUCGACCUGCUCAAGGCCACCACCACGACGAAGAAGAGGAACACGGACUGGGCGUUCCUCAUGGCGGUGAAGCCGAAGGUCACGGACGAGAAGCUUGCGGAGGGCGAACCGGCCGAUGCUGCUUCCUCGCCCACGCCGACGCUGAUCUCCACCCCGGAUACCUCCACAACAAGCACUGCCGCAACGCCAUCGCCAUCGGAGGAGGAGCCCGUCAUCGUCAUCAUCGAUGAUGAGCCCACCGUGGCAAACGCCGAGGAGAUCGCCGCCAUCGAUAAGGACCCCGUCUUCCCGCCAGAGGAGGCGAGGCGACUGCUAUUUAAUCGUUGUGUCUGUAGUAUGAUCGCUAAACUUCUGCCUCUUUUUGUGGGUGAUAGUGGUGCUCUUUGGUUCAUCUGGAAAGAGCAUGAUGUUGCAGCUAUUGUUGACGGUGUAAAGGCUGGCAACAAUUUUGUGGUCAUUUACAUUGAUCACGAUAAGAUUCUAGGCACGUUUGAUCUUGAUGAUGCAGCAUUAAAGAGCAUCCCCGGGAGUGGCAUACCGCUGUCCCCGGCGAGCCGGCAUGGAGGAGAGGCCAUAGAUCGCCGGCACGCGCCUCCGCCGCCGCCGGACGCGGCGGCGGAGCAGGGCCAGGAGCUGCAGCUCCCGGCGGACAUCGACUGGGACCGCCUAGACAAGGCGCGCUUCUUCCUCCUCGGCGCGGGGCUCUUCUCCGCCGUCUCCGCCGCGCUCUACCCCGCCGUCGUCCUCAAGACGCGCCUGCAGGUCGCGCCGGAGCCGCCCCCGGCGCACGCCGCCGCGGCGGGGGCGAGAAGCUCCGCCGGCCUCCCGCCCUCCGCCGCCGCCGCGGCCACCACCAUCCUGCGCCGGGAGGGGGCCCUCGCCUUCUACCGCGGCUUCGCCACCUCCCUCGCCGGGACCGUCCCCGCGCGCGCGCUCUACAUGGGCGCGCUCGAGGCCACGCGCUCCGCCGUCGGCCCGGCCAUGCUCGGCCUCGGCGCGCCGGAGCCUGCCGCGUCCGCGGUGGCAAGCGCCGCCGCGGGCCUCACCGCCGCCGUCGCCGCGCAGGUCGUCUGGACCCCCGUCGACGUCAUCAGCCAGCGCCUCAUGGUGCAGGGCAACCCGUGCCCGGCCUCCCGCUACCACGGCGGCCUCGACGCCUUCCGCAAGAUCGCAGCUUCCGACGGCCUCCGCGGCCUGUACCGCGGCUUCGGCAUGUCCAUCCUCACCUACGCCCCCUCCAAUGCCGUGUGGUGGGCGACUUACUCACUCUCCCAGAAGGCAAUCUGGAGCGGGAUCGGCUGCUACCUGUGCCAGUACGGUACCCUCAUGGUGGUGCAGGGAGCCAGUGCCGCGAUGGCCGGCGGCGCCGCCGCGCUCGUGACCAUGCCGCUGGACACCAUCAAGACCAGGAUGCAAGUCAUGGACGGCCAUGGCGAGCCAAUCACCAUUGGUCGUACCGUGCGCAAGCUGAUCAAGGAAGGCGGGUGGGGCGCUUGCUACAGGGGGCUCGGCCCGAGGUGGGCGUCCAUGUCCUUGUCUGCCACCACCAUGAUCACCACCUAUGAGUUCCUCAAGCGCCUCUCGGCCAAGAAGGGGCAUGGCAGUCCAUGACUUCUGCUGGAAGUAUAGAUAGUGCAGUUAGGUGUUUUUGCUUGGUUUGUUUUCUUCCUUUCCACAGCUUAUCUGAUCUUUCAGGUGUCGAAAAGAGAAUGGUGAUCAAGUGUUUGUACAUAGUCUCUUUGUUUGUAACCACAGCUUAUCAAUCAAAGCAAUCAACUUUAUUUCUGGUA